AUGGCGACGCCCAUGGAGUCAUCUGCGAACAAAACAUCAGAGGAAUUUCUACCAGGAAUAAAGGAUGUUACAGAGUUCACACAGAAAACCCUGCGUGCUGUACUACAAGCUACAAAAUCUUCAAAUGAUCUGCCAGCUGCAGGGGAUGAUUUUGAUUAUUACUCUAGUUUCCAAGGCUUCAGGGACAUACUUGACGUAGAAGGGAAAAGAAUACUUCACAUUGUACAGAAUGUGAUGCAGCAUCAGAAUGUCCGUGGAAAGCUCUCCCACGGUAGUUCUGAUGUCCUUGACCUGGAAGACAAAUUUGAUGUCUUGACUGAUGCAAAUGACCAAAUACUUGAGAGAGUGGGAAGCUGGUUGGAUGAAGCAUCAGGAAUCAAAAAGAAAGAUAACACUCUUGUUAUUGCAACAGCCACACCCAAACAGCAGGCUUCCACAAGCUGGAACAAAAAGAAAAGCACCUCUGCUACAAAGACUGCCAUCAGCUACCAUCUCAUGUCUGCUAAAAAUAUCUUACGUCCACAAUUACGCUUCAAAGACAAAGUGAACAAUGGAAACCAACCAUUUGUUCCACAGCUGAAAGAGAAACCAAACGCCUUAAAGUCACUAGAAGACAGUAUGCGAUUACCGGAGGAUAUAACAGCAGAUAUUGCAGAAAGUCCAGAAUUUUUAUACCCACACCCAUACCAGUAUGAAUUGGACCGUUGGAAACCAGACCCAAAUACGCUGACCUCGGUAGAACCAAUAGCCCCAAGACCAAUAGAUGAUACCCCUCUCACCAUGGUAACCAAAGUGUCGGAGCUAGUGGCAUUGUGUGACAAGCUUAAGUCAUGCAAGGCUGUGGCAGUGGACCUUGAGCACCACUCAUACCGAACGUUCCAGGGAAUCACAUGUCUCAUGCAGAUAUCAACUAGAGACGAGGACUUUAUUGUAGACACAUUGGAACUUCGUAGUGACCUGCAUAUGCUCAAUAGUGUGUUUACAGACCCUGCGAUUGUCAAGGUACUCCAUGGUGCAGACUCUGAUGUGGACUGGCUUCAGAGGGAUCUUAGUCUAUACCUAGUGAAUAUGUUUGACACAGGCCAAGCUGCCAGGGUACUCAACUUGGCAAGGUUUUCUCUAGCCCAUGUUCUCAAACAGUAUUGUGGGGUGGAAGCAGACAAACAGUACCAACUAGCUGACUGGAGAAUUCGUCCCUUACCAAAAGAACUGAUAGCAUAUGCCCGGGAAGACACACAUCACUUGCUGUAUGUUUAUGACAGGCUGAAAAAUGAGCUGAUAGAGCGAGGCAAUGAACAGAACAACUUACUCAUCUCUGUCUUCAACAGGAGCAAGGAAAUUUGUUCUAAGGUAUAUAGGAAGUACAUAUUUAAGGAAGAUGACUAUCUAGAACUGUACCAUAAAAGCAAAAAAGUGUUCAAUUCACAGCAACUCCAUGCACUCAAGAAUCUAUAUAUGUGGAGGGACCAAACCGGACGAAGGGAGGAUGAGAGUCUUGGGUAUGUGUUGCCAAACCACAUGCUGCUCCAGGUUGUAGAGAUCCUGCCCCGAGAAAGACAGGGAGUGCUGGCCUGCUGUAAUCCAAUCCCACCACUGGUGAGGCAGUACCUCCCAGAAGUUCACAGCAUUAUCACAGAGGCCAGGGAGAAACCCCUGGAAAAGGUAAAAAAGAGAAAGGUGAACAGACCAUCUUACCAGCAGCAUCCAAAGUAUGAUGGUGAGAGUUUGUUAUUGUGUCCACAUGAUCUGUCACAUCAGUUGUCACAGAAACCAAGAGAGGAGUCGGUGUUGUUACCAGACCCAAGGAACCUGACAGAAAGCUGCUCCUUGUCACGCUCCUGUGAUCUUCACCCAAGCAUCACGCUGAAGACCAUUCCAAAUCUUAGUGCCUUUGGUUCUCGUCAAAACCCAACAGAAGAAUCUCGAGCGAUGAUGGUUGCUGCUAAGAUACGAGACCUUUUUGUUAGUCCAUUUGAAAAGUAUUUACCAGUCACAGAGAUGUCACCAGUGAAGAAAACAUCCAACAUGAAUUCAAAAUCGUCUGAGGGCAUACAGCUGAUUGAUGUGAACUGGAAAUUAGUGAAGAAUACAGUUAAAAGAAAAAUACCAGAAGAAACAGCCUCAUCGUCUCCAGCUCCAGAUCCUCCUACCAAGCGUCAGAAGAAGGAAGAAAAUGACGAGGAGGAAGAACAAACUCCUCGCAAAACUUUGUCUCAGAUAUUGAAGGCAAAGUACAGUAAGUUGCAGAAGGUCGAAAAGAUUGGUGUUACCAAGGACUUGACUGAAGCAGACGAGAAGAAAAAGAAGAAAAAAACUAAAAGUAUGGCUGACCUCGAGGACAGUUUCCAACCUUACGACUACAGCAAGGCAGACAGCAGCAUGUUUCAGGGUGGUACUACUAGUAAAUCAGACGCAUAUAACCCCAACAGAUACUAUGGGUCAAAGGACAAAGGUAACAAGGCACCAAAACCCAAGCUGUCCACAUUCAAAUCCAACAAAAGUUACAGCUAUAAGGACAAGAAACCACGGCACAAGAAGUGAUCAUCAUAUCUACUACAAGAUAUACAAAUUCACAUGAUCCUUGUUUAGUAAAACAGGAUUUUACACCAGAUUUUGACCUACAAGUGGCUCUAACAAUCCAUAGUUUCUGGUUGGUCAAUGGGUUUUCAUCAGCACUUUCACAUCCCUCUAUUGCCAUACUUUUGUACAGCAGAUGUUUUCAGUUCAACAGAUACUGCUUUGGAAACAGUCUAGUAUGUAAUUCUGUUGAUGGAAACGUAUGGAUGUGAUUGGUAUUUUGGCUGUAAGUUAGUUAGAACUUUGUAUCUGCAGGUGCACUAUGAUAAAUAUAGUGUCAGUCCAUUCAGACAGAUUUCUUAGAAUCAAGAAUGAAAAUAUCUGGAAUUUUGAUACAAUAAGGAUGUACCCCACGAUGGCAAUUUAGGGUUUAAUAAAUUCUGGAGGUCAAAGGAGGUAAAAUAUUUGUAACAUUGACCUGUGAUUUACUGUCCUGUACCUGGGCACAAAGUGGGGCAUUCACUUACCCAAUAGUGAUUUAAGCUGCAUUUGUGUAACCCAGUUGAAACGGUUCAGGUGGUCUGGAAUCAUUCCCCUAUAUGUGAACGCUAUUGAACCAGACAUAUUUAAAGUAAAAAAAAGCAGUUUCGAACUUUCCUGUCAAGCAGAAAUCAAUUAACUUAAGAUACCCUUCAUUCAUACUUUAAAUCACAAUGUUGCCAGAAAUAUGUGAGUGCACCAACCUUAAUUUUUAUGCUGAAAUUCUGAAAACUAAUGAUAGUCAGCAAAUUAGUUUUGGACAUGUACGACUGGACCCCUCAAACUGCACGUGCCAAAUAUUCCACAGUCCAGCUACAGUCCCGAUCUGUACAUGGCGUUUUUCUGGCAGUUUCAACCGCUCUAACCGUUUCAACUGCUUCUGCAAAGCGCCCUUAGUUUCUCCCAUGCUGAUUUUUACUACAUGUAUUACAUGGUGCUAAUGCCUAUUUUUCAAGAAAAAUCCAUUUUUUUUAAAUUCUCACGAGGAAUUUGAUCUAUAAAUUAAAGCUUCAUCAAAAUAAAUGCUUUUUCAACCUUGAAAAGUUACCUCCCUUUGAAAAGCUAUUCAUCAAAGAAAUUGAAUAGGAUACUUAAUAUUGAUACAUCAUAUAUCAGAUAAUGGCAUAUCAAGCUGUUAGGUAUAUACAAUGUACAUAUCAGUAAUGCUGGAUCAGUUCAUAUUGUUUAAGUGACUUUGGAAUGUUCCAUUUCAGUAUUCUGAUAUUACUUGUAGUACACAAUGCAAAUAUGGUCAGUAUAUACAUGUACAUGUAGUUCUCAGCUAGUAGAAAAUGAACCAUUAAUGUCUAUUUCUGAACGUUUACUUCAGGUCAGUUAUGUCAGUAGACCAAAAGUUCUUAUUAAACAACCAGUAGAUGAUUAGAGUGUGACGUUUCGAUGACUACACUGUCACUUUCAUCAGACAACAGAUUAGUUUAGAAUGUACUAGCACUGACAUAUGAAGUGUACCAUCUUGUCAGGCUAUCGUUAACCUUGGUGUACAUAAGAUUAUAGUGCAGCGGAAAAAGUUGGUCCAUUCCUUACCAUCUUGUACACAACAUAUAUCAGUGCUAGUAUGUGCAACACUGAUUAUUUGUCUGAUGAAGGUGACCUUAUAGUCAUCGAAAUAUCACACUCAAAUCAUCUACUAGUUGUGUUCUGAGAACUUUUAAUCUACUGCCAAUCUACUUGGAUAAGACAUUAAAAAUACAAUCAUGUAUGUGAUUAGAUUCCUGAUCAGGGACCAAAGUAUUAUAACUUGAUGUAACAAUCAAUCUAUAAGGUCCUUACAGCGUAACACAUCUUUAAUUUUGGAAUUCAGAAGUUUUAAUUUGGGAGUUUUAGUCAAAUGAGUGACAGAUGGAUGGAAGUAUUAAGGUUGAGAUUUCAGGUGAAGGAGAGAGACUUGUUAACGUAUAUUACAUGUAUAUUGAAAUUAAAAGACAGUGAUAAAA